AUGAAUGUUCGUGGACUGCGCUUCGCUCGAGCAAUGAUCUUUGCCAUUGAGGAGAUUAACAACAGCACAGAGCUACUGCCUGGCAUUAAUCUUGGUUAUCAGAUCCAUGACUCAUGCUCUGCAGUGCCCGUGGCUGUGCAAGCUGCUUUUCAGCUGUCAAAUGGGGGGGACAAUAUUUUCUACAAGAAUGAUAUUUGCUCCCAGUCUGGCAUGAUGGCGGCUUUUGUUGCUGAGUCUGGAUCCACACCAUCAAUUGGGAUAUCUCAGGUCAUUGGAUCCUUUGACAUUCCCCAAGUCAGCCACUUUGCCACGUGUGCUUGCCUGUCUGAUAAGCAGCAGUUCCCAAAUUUUUUCAGAACAAUUCCUAGUGAUGCAUUUCAGGCUGAAGCCCUGGCCAAGCUGGUAAAACACUUUGGCUGGACGUGGAUAGGCACUAUCUGUUCUGAUUCAGACUAUGGCAAUUAUGGAAUGGCCUCUUUUCUUCAAGCAGCCAAAAAGGAGGGGAUCUGUGUGGAGUUCUCAGAAUCUUUUUAUCGGACCAAUCAAAUUAGCAAAAUUCAAAGAGUAGCUGAUGUGAUCCGCCGGUCAACUGCUACGGUAAUCGUGGCAUUUGCUUCUUCCGGAGAUAUGAAAGUCUUGUUAGGAGAACUUGCCAGGAAACCUUCACGAUCUUGGCAGUGGAUAGGCAGUGAGGCCUGGGUAACAGACCCAAACUUGCUGAAGUUUGAUUUCUGCGAAGGGGCCCUUGGAUUUGGGAUUCAAAAAGCUAUCAUCCCAGGUUUGAGAGACUUUUUGCUGGAUCUUUCUCCCUCAGAAGUUGCAGCAUCUCCACUGCUGAAGGAGUUCUGGGAGAAUGCAUUUCAAUGCAGACUGGGAAAAAGUGUUGCUGCAGGAGAACGUGUUUGUGAUGGAAGUGAAGACAUAACAAAUCUUCAGAGUCCAUACACAGAAACUUCUCAGCUGAGAGUCACUAACAUGGUGUACAAGGCAGUUUAUGCAAUAGCACAUGCUAUUCACAGUGUUGUGUGUCCUGAAAGAAAUUUUACUACGAAGUGUGACAAACGUUUGAUGUUAAAAUCCAAGCAAGUUUUGGCAGCAUUAAAGAAAGUAAAUUUCACAAGGAAUGGCUAUUCUGUGUCUUUUGAUGUUAAUGGAGAUCCUGUUGCUGUUUAUGAACUGGUCAACUGGCAGAAGGGUGAGAGUGGCGUAAACGAGUUGGUAACAGUAGGAUACUAUGAUGCCUCCUUCCCAAUAAACAAAGAAUUUCAUAUUACCAGAAAUCUAACCUGGAUGGAUGGUAGCAAACAAGUGCCAAAGUCGAAGUGUACUGAUAGCUGUCCUACAGGAACUCACAAGGUGCUGCAAAAAGGAAAACCCAUCUGUUGCUAUGAUUGCAUACAAUGUCCUGAGGGAGAGAUCAGCAACACUACAGAUUCAUCUGAUUGUUUCCCGUGCUCCAUAGAGUUCUGGCCAAGUGCAGAAAGAGACUCAUGUCAUCC